UCUUCUACCUACGCCAACAACUUUUGCUACUCUUUACUGUGUUCCCGUUUGCGUGUUGGCCUACAGACCUAAUUUUUUGCGUGCGUUGUGCGCGGCUCCGUGAAUAGUUUUUCCCGAAAAAUAAAAAAUAAACCACAAACCAAAUGAGAGGGAGAGUGCAAAAUAGAGAUUAAAGUGAAAGUAAAUGGUGCGAAAAGAACUCUCAACAAUCGAGCGCUAGUCUGUGUAUAAAAUAAUUCUCCAUGUGUCCAUAACGGGAGUGGAGUGGACGGACUGUGUUGUGCCCCAUCGUGCUGUGUUCGUCGGGUUCUCGCUGUGUGUUUUCUGCUGCUAAUGUGCAAUUUUUAUGAAAUUAUCACAGAAUGAGGCAAGGCGAUAGAUAGCGCUGUUGUUGUGUCAUAGAAUUGGAGCAGCAAGCAGCAACAAAAAAUUAGCAGCUAGGCAGCAGCCUCCGCCCCCCCUCCGUAAAAGUAAACGCAACAACAAGUUCCCCUCUAUAUCUCUAUCUGUGUUUGCCUGGUGCCUGUGUGUGUACCCACACAGAAAACUGUGCUGUGUGUGUUAUAGGAAUUGCAAUUUAUAUGUACCGAGCUUUUCGCUUGUUGCGCGCGUGCGACGAUUGUGCAAGAAGAGUUUCCUAUUUCCCAUUGCAAUAAUUUCAUUCUCGCCUGUCCUCCGUUGUGUGUGCGUUCCUCCCAAAAACCAAAAUUCGAUGUGAGAAAGACCAGGCCAAAGAGGAAAUAGGCGAAACAAGCCAGCGAAUAGCAAGAGAAUCGCGAGAACUGGCGCAGUAGCGCACAAAAAAAAGAACGAAUAGUGAGAACAACACAAAAAAAAUAAAAUCGCAAAUGCGUUCGGCGUCGCUGGCUGUGUGUGUGUGCGUGUCCGCGUCUGGGCCUGGUGUCUGUGUGAGGGGGGCGCAAAAAAUAUGCUAAAAAAGCUUUCGUCGUUGCCUCCGUUGUCGUCGUCGUCGUCGCAGCAGCAGCAGCAGCUGCUCGCACAGGCGGAAACUGUUGCUGCAGGCCGUGGCAGAACCAGAGCGAGAGAGGAAGAGAUACACCGAGUGGAGAGGGAGUGAGCGAGAGAUCGAUCCGCCGAAAGGGAGACAGCAUUAUGAAUCACACGCAAGCUUUGUUUUGCGAAUUAUAAAUUCGCCUUCUCCACGAAUUCCCAUGUGAAGCGGAGGACCGACAACAAAAUAGAGAGACACACAGAGGGAAAGAGAGAGAAACAAAAGCGAAAACCAACAAAAGUCCAAGACAUAAUAAUAGAACUUUUGCUUUCGGUUCCAACUGGUUUUUGUAUGCCCAAAGAGAGCUAAGGAGAGCGGGCGAGAGAGCGAGACCCAACCAGACAACAAAGAGGCGGCAGCUUCCAGCGCUGCUUCUUCUUCUUCUCUUCUCUGCGAUCGUCUUGGAAUCAUAGCUGCAAACCGGGCGCAUGCGCAGAAGCCAAAACGAAGGAACGAGAACGUGUCGCAGUCAGCGUCAACGUCAACGUCAGCUGCAUGAAAGGUUCUUUUAAGUGUAAGAAAUUAUACAAAUAAUUCUACUACCGUUACCUGCCACCAAUCACCAAUCCAGCAACAAUACACAUCACAACGAAACGUACAAAAAUAAAAGUUAUACCAUAUAUACUAGAUAUAUAGAAAGAAUAUACCCACCCCCCUUUAUAAGAUGGACACCUUCAAUGUACCUUUGCUGGCGGAGAGCACCAGCAGCAGCAGCAACUAUGCGACAGCAGCAGUCACAGAGGCCACAACAAGCAGCAGCCAUCAUCAUCACCUGCAGCAGCAGCAGCAUCAACAGCAGCAACAGCAACAGCAGCAGCAGCAACAGCAACAACAUCUCAUGGCCCACCAUCACAAGGAUCAAAUGCUGGCGGCGGGAAGUAGCCCCAUGCUGCCGUUCCUCAGCUAUUCGCAGCUGCAGCUGCAGCAAAAGGAUAAUCCUGCCACCAGCAGCAGCAAUGGCGCAACUGCAGCAUCCGACGGAGCAGAGGCAGCAGCGGCAGCAAUAGCCACAGAUAACUUUGAUGGCAGCCAAUUGGAUGGUGGCAUCUCUCUGAGCGGCCUCUGCGAUCGCUUCUUUGUGGCCAGUCCCAAUCCCCAUAGCAAUAGCAACAUGAUCCUAAUGGGCUCCACCACUCCAACAACCACAACAACCACCCAAAACAACAGCAUCAACCACAACCACAACAACAACAACAACAACAAUUUGGAGGCUAAAAACGGAACCAGCCACACAGGUGGGGGGGCUCCGCAAUCGGGGCAGAGAAGCGGAGGAUCAGUCAUCAUCCAGUCGGUGACCGUUCCCUCAUUUGCCAACAUCCUGUUCUCCCACCGAACAUCCCAGGGCACAGCCAAUGAAUGCAUCGAUCCGUCGCUGCUGCAGAAAUCCACGCUGUCCAGCAGCUCCAUCAUAGAGUACCAUCAGCUGAAGCCCCUGGCAGCGAGUGCCACCAAUUCGGGGUCCGUUUCCACCACCAAUUUCCUGUCCUCGAACACCGUUCAGCUGUUGGACUUCGAUGUGCAAGGCACAUCCAAGGAUGAUAGCCACAUAAGCACCACCACAACCAUCGCAGGAGUGGGAAUAGGUUCGGGAUCAGGAUCGGGAUCGGGCUCGGGAUCCGGUUCGGGUGCAGCAACAACAACAACAACAAUCACUGCCAAUCAGACAAGAAGCUCGUUGCACAGCAUCGAGGAAUUGGCUGCCAGCUCCUGUGCUGCACCCAAAGCCACCCAAUCAACCCACGGGAAUGGGAACGAGAACCACAGUACAACGCAUCAGCAGCAACAGCAACAGCAGCAGCAACACAUGCAACAAAGUGGCAACCACAGUGGAUCCAAUCUCAGCUCCGAUGAUGAGUCCGUUUCGGAGGAUGAGUUCGGCCUGGAAAUCGAUGAUCACGGAGGCUACCAGGACACCACCUCCUCCCACUCGCAGCAGAGCGGCGGUGGGGGCGGCGGCGGUGGCGGAGCUGGCGGCAACAUCCUGAACGGCAGCUCGGGCAGCAGCUCCGGGUACAUGCUGCUGCCGCAGGCGGCCAGCUCCAGCGGCAACCCCAAUGCCGCCCACAUGUCCUCGGCCAGCGGAUCCGUUGGCAAUGCCAACGGGCCCAACGGCGGCGGCGGCGGCGGUUCCGGUCCUGGCAAUGCCAUGGGCGGCACGAGCGCCACCCCGGGCCACGGCGGCGAAGUGAUCGACUUCAAGCACCUGUUCGAGGAGCUGUGCCCCGUGUGCGGCGACAAGGUCAGUGGCUACCACUACGGCCUGCUCACCUGCGAGUCCUGCAAGGGCUUCUUCAAGCGGACGGUCCAGAACAAGAAGGUCUACACCUGCGUGGCGGAGCGGUCGUGCCACAUCGACAAGACGCAGCGCAAGCGGUGUCCCUACUGCCGCUUCCAAAAGUGCCUGGAGGUGGGCAUGAAGCUGGAGGCUGUUCGAGCGGAUCGGAUGCGGGGUGGCAGGAACAAGUUCGGACCCAUGUACAAGCGGGAUCGGGCGCGGAAGCUGCAGGUGAUGCGUCAGCGGCAGAUCGCCCUCCAGGCGCUGCGCAACUCGAUGGGGCCGGACAUCAAGCCGACGCCGAUCUCGCCGGGCUACCAGCAAGCAUAUCCAAAUAUGAACAUUAAGCAGGAAAUCCAAAUACCUCAGGUAUCCUCACUCACCCAGUCGCCGGACUCGUCGCCCAGCCCCAUUGCCAUUGCUCUGGGCCAGGUGAAUGCCAGCGCGGGAGGAGUGAUAGCCACGCCCAUCAAUGCCGGAAACGGGGGCAGUGGCGGCGGCGGCGGCGGCGGUGGCGGCCUGAACGGCCCCAGUUCCGUGGGCAAUGGCAAUAGCAGCAACGGCAGCAGCAGCAACAACACCGGCAGCAGCACAGGCAACGGGGCAGGUGGCGCCGGUGGCGGCGGCGGUGGCAACAAUGCGGGCGGCGGCGGCGGCAAUAACAGCUCCACCGACGGCCUGCAUCGCAACGGCGGCGGCAACGGCAACUGCCACGAAGCUGGAAUAGGAUCUCUGCAGAACUCGGCCGACUCGAAACUGUGCUUCGAUUCCGGCACUCAUCCAUCGAGCACGGCCGAUGCGCUUAUCGAGCCACUAAGAGUCUCCCCGAUGAUACGAGAAUUUGUGCAAUCGAUCGACGAUCGGGAAUGGCAGACGCAGCUGUUCGCACUGCUGCAGAAGCAGACCUACAACCAGGUGGAGGUGGAUCUCUUUGAGCUGAUGUGCAAGGUGCUCGAUCAGAAUCUGUUCUCGCAGGUGGACUGGGCAAGGAACACGGUCUUCUUUAAGGAUCUGAAGGUCGAUGAUCAAAUGAAGCUGCUGCAACACUCCUGGUCGGACAUGCUGGUCCUCGACCAUCUGCACCAUCGCAUCCACAACGGGCUGCCCGAUGAGACGCAGCUGAACAACGGCCAGGUCUUCAAUCUACUCAGUCUGGGCCUGUUGGGCGUGCCGCAGCUGUCCGAUUAUUUCAACGAGAUACAGAACAAGCUGCAGGAUCUGAAAUUCGACAUGGGCGACUAUGUCUGCAUGAAAUUCCUAAUACUUUUAAAUCCAACUGUACGCGGCAUUGUCAACAGGAAGACCGUGUCGGAGGGACAUGAUAAUGUGCAGGCGGCCCUGCUGGACUACACCCUCACCUGUUAUCCUUCAGUCAAUGACAAAUUCAGUAGGCUAGUGAACAUCCUACCGGAUAUCCAUGCCAUGGCCGCACGCGGCGAGGAGCACCUCUACAUCAAGCACUGUGCCGGCAGUGCGCCCACCCAGACGCUGCUCAUGGAGAUGCUGCACGCCAAGCGGAAGGUGUAGGGCCACGUGGAGCACUAUAUGGAAUACUUAAAUCAUUUAUGAAAUGUAAAUAACAAGGCAGGAAAAUGGGGAAAAACCAACCCCAGAGGCAGAGGCAAAACGACAGAACCCGAACCAUAACCAGAACCAAAACCAGAAUGUGGAAAAUGUCAAAUGCUUUGCGAAUGCGGAACGGCAGGAGGAGAGAGGAGAGAACGAGAAUUCCAUAUAGAGUGUACUAUAUGGAGAAUGCAUCAUCACUACUACCACCAACUAUCAAUCACACCAAUAAACACACACACACAUAAACACCACACUCUACACACACAUACACAUUUGUUGAUUCAAUGUUAAUUAUUAUUAUGUUUAUGGCUAGGUCUAGAUUACGUUUACGUUUAACUAAUUAAUUAAUUCGCUUUUUUUUUUGUCUUAAAUUAAUGCGUGUCUUAUUUUAAGUACCUCUGAUGGAACACACAGUUAAACAUUAUACGAUUAUGUAUUGUAUGGAUCUAUAGAGCAACAGAACAGAGGAGAAAAGAAACCCAACUUCUUUAGGAACUAACAAAACGAAAUGAAAAUCAACAAAAAAACAAAACAAAACAAA